GCUCGGUUCAAUAGCCUGGUCUACCUUUCAUACACGACGUCUAGCAGCUCUUUGCAAUCCGAAUCACACUAGCCAGAGGAUACUUGCAACUGCCAGGUCGACACUCAGGGAGGAACAGGAUCUCGGCUCCAACCAUGUCGUUCAAAAAGGAUGAAGAGCUCGGCGGAAUGGCCUUCUACCACGACAAGGCUACCAUUGUGCAGGAAGCUCGAGUCUUCAACGAGUCGCCGAUCUCUCCGCGUCGAUGUCGGUCUCUCUUGACCCGAAUUCUAUUCCUUUUGUACGCUGGCGAGACCUUUACGACUCAGGAGGCCACCACCUUGUUCUUCGGCGUCACCAAGCUCUUUCAGCACAAGGAUAGCGCGCUUCGUCAAAUGGUCUACCUCGUUAUCAAAGAGCUCAGCAGCAUCGCCGAGGAUGUCAUCAUGGUCACUUCCUCUAUCAUGAAAGACAUGCAGCCCAAUCUCGAGGUUGUCUACCGACCGAACGCCAUCCGAGCUUUGGCUAGGAUCAUCGACACGCAAUCCGUUCAAUCCACCGAGAGGUUCUUCAAGUCAGCUAUCGUCGACCGAAACCCUUCCAUCUCGUCCGCUGCUCUUAUCUCGGCCUACCACCUCCAUCCGAUCGCUCGAGACACUAUCAAGCGAUGGGCGAACGAGACCCAGGAGGCCGUCAAUGCUAAGGCCGUGUCGUCCGGAAGCAUGUUUGGAAUGUCGUCAAGCUACUUCGGCGGAGGAGGUAGCAGCAGCAACAGCAACGGGUCCGGAGCUGGUCAAGUGCAGAGCACCAGCUAUAUCAUGCAGUACCAUGCCCUCGGACUGCUGUACCUGAUCAGGGAGAAGGACAGGAUGGCUAUUACGAAGAUGGUCCAGCAACUCGGAGGAAGUGGGAAAGGAGGAUCGAGUGGCGUUCUGCGGAAUCCUAUGGCAAUCUGCAUGUUAAUUCGAUAUGCUAGCAAGGUGAUGGAGGACGAUCCCAAUGUCCACAAGCAGAUGUUCGACUUCUUGGACGGUCUACUGAGGCACAAGGCUGACAUGGUCAACAUCGAAGCUGCUCGAGCAAUCUGUGACAUGAAGGGAGUGACGCCGCAAGAGUUGUACCGACCGGUUGCAAUCUUCCAAUUGUUCCUCUCGUCGCCCAAGCCUGUGCUCAAGUUUGCCGCCAUCAAAUCGCUGAACAAGCUGUCUAUGGUUCACCCUGCUGCCGUAUCGGGCUGUAACGUCGACAUCGAGAACCUGAUCACCGAUCCUAACCGAAGCAUCGCGACUUAUGCGAUCACUACCUUGUUGAAGACCGGAAACGAAGCGUCGGUUGACCGGCUCAUGAAGCAAAUCUCCGGGUUUAUGACGGAGAUCACCGACGAGUUCAAGAUCAUCGUGGUCGAUGCUAUUCGGUCGCUAUGUCUCAAGUUCCCUGCCAAACAAGCGGUCAUGCUCUCGUUCUUGUCCGGUGUCUUGAGGGACGAGGGCGGCUACGACUUCAAGCGAGCCGUCGUAGAAGCCAUCUUCGACAUGAUCAAAUACAUCUCGGACUGCAAGGAGACAGCCCUUGCGCACUUGUGCGAAUUCAUCGAGGACUGCGAGUUCACCAAGCUCUCGGUUCGGAUCCUGCAUCUGCUCGGAUUGGAAGGCCCCAAAACAAAACAGCCUACCAAGUUCAUCCGAUACAUUUAUAACCGAGUCGUGCUGGAGAAUGCGGUUGUUCGUGCUGCCGCAGUAUCGAGCUUAGCCAAGUUUGGUGUCUGUGUCGGUGAUCCCGCGGUCACGAAGAGUGUGAACGUCUUGCUCCGCAGAUGUCUCGACGAUGUUGACGACGAGGUGCGGGAUCGAGCAGCUCUGUACUUGAAGGUACUGAAUGAGCAGGCUUUGGCAGACGUCUAUGUCCGGGAAGAGGGCACGUUCCCCUUGGCAUCGCUGGAGGCCGAGCUGGCAGCCUACGUUUCUCACCCUGAAAAGCAAGAGCAGGCAUUCGAUAUCACCACCAUCCCCAAAAUCAGCCGUGAACAAGCCGCUGCUGAGGUGCCACGCGCUGCCACCGCCGACUUUGUCGCAUCCGCCCCCAAGGCCAUCGAGGAAGCCAAACCUGCCAGUGCUGCCGCAGUGCAGUCGCAGUACGCCGAGCAGCUCAGCGCUGUUCCGGAAUUGCAGAGCUAUGGUCCGGUCCACCGAAGCAGUGCUCGACCUAUCGCUCUUACCGAGAGCGAGACGGAAUACGUAGUCACUGCUGUCAAGCACAUCUACAAGGAGCACAUCGUCUUCCAGUUCAACAUCACGAAUACCCUGCAAGAAUCCGUUCUUGAAUCGGUAUCCGUUCUCAUGACCGCCACGGAGGAAGGUUUGACUGAAGACUUCAUCAUUCCGGCUGAAUCCAUCACGGCGGAUGCGCCUGGCAUUGUCUAUGUCUCGUUCACCAGGACAGCGCCAGAGGAAUUCGCCCUUUCCAGCUUCGAGUGUACUCUGAAAUUCGUCAGCAAGGAGGUUGACCCUACUACUGGGACUCCAGAAGAGGAGGGUUAUGAUGACGAAUACCAGGUUGAGCAGAUCGAUAUCGGAGCCGGCGACUAUAUCACACCAACGUAUGCCACUUUCAAUUCCGAGUGGGAGAGGCUCAAGGGAGGCGCAACUGCUACCGAGACGUUCGCUCUGUCCUCGUCGGAAAGCCUCAAAGCCGCAUGUGACUCUCUUAUCGAAGAACUCAACAUGGAGGCUCUGGGCGGAACUGAAGUACCCACUUCGACAUCGGUUCACACUUUGAACCUGUCUGGUAUGCUUGCAGGCGGUGGCGGAAAGAUUCUGGCUCGAUGCCGAAUGACCUAUCAGACCGAGAGCGGCGUGACGCUAGAGUUGGCGGUACGGGCAGAGCAACAGGCAGCUUGCGAUUUGGUAAUGAGCGCGAUCUAGACGAAAUGUGUCCAAUUCUUGUUUGUAUCUCUGUUGUUCUUUUCAAACCACGAUGAUUCCUGUGAUGAGAUUAGCCCACUCGCUACCAUCCGGACUCGGUACAGCCCCGUUCUGUCGCUCCUUAUAGCCCGCAACGAGAUCCUGGUCGUUG